UCUCUGCUGCCCCCUGUGUCAUGUCUGUGAUUUGUAUGUUGUACUUAGAGCUGAUGAUGGUCUCUGCUCUCUGCUGCCCCUGUAGUCUGGAAGUAGAAGCACUGACUGAUGAAGAUGUAGCAAACCUAGCUGGUGCUCUGGGGGCAGGCAAAACCCUGAGUCUGAGGACAAUAGACAGCCUGCUGUCUGAGAGCGGUGUGGAGAAGGUCCUAUGUGCCCUUGCCAAGCAGACGUCUGUGGACGCCUAUUUCAGCCUGAGUGCCCUCACAGCAGGAACUCUGAAACACCUGGUCCACUACGUGCAAAAUGCCAAGGGCAGAGCUAGUGUUAGAUGGGCCAGUAAUCAAGUAGAGGAGGAGGACUACCUCAGCUGGUACCUCACAGUAAAGACGACCAAGGGCAGAAACUGCUUCAGUCUGACCCUUGUGGCCUCGUCCCGCUGUGGCUUUGUCCAGUCUGGGAGCGCGGGCCCCAUCUCAGCGCUCUCACUCAGCCUGUUCAGAGCAGCUGACCUCUCGUCCUUCCAGUGGACAGACGUCCUGCAGAGAAGCCACACACUCUGGCUCACAGAAAAGGAGGGUGGUUUACCUGCGCAUGUGGAUGGCCAGAUGAGCGCCCUGGCCCUGGUGCCGGGUCUUAAGGGAGUGCAGCUGGAGGUCCACCCCAGGAUAGUGCACCCCUGCUGGGCCACUGGGGUCUUGUCACUCAUGCAGGCAUGCUCUACUCUGGACAACAUCCAGCUGAGUGGAGGCCAGUUUGGGAACGGUCUGCUGACUGAAGAAGGCCUCAAACUCCUGCAUGACUCAGAGAAGCGUGGAGACUAUAAACUCAUCAUAAAGGGGGCCAAAUGCACCAAAAUCACAGACAAGUGCACAGAAAACAGAUCCAAUCUCUCCUACAACCAGAUCUGUCCUGAUCCAGGGCGACUCCUUCACAGAGAGCUCCAGGGAUUCCAGCAGUGCCUUCUCCAACGACCCCAGGACCCUCCUUCUGCAGCAGCUUGCUUCUCCUCAAUGAGCCGUGACACUGAGCCUGGGCUGGCUGAUUCUCUGCUCGAAUCUGUAAAGACAGAGGGUUAACCAGAGGUGUUUUAAGUUGCCUAGUGACUUAUGACAGUAAGCCUCUGUCAAUCAGCAAACUGCUGACAAACAUCAGGAGUUUUAGGAGUUGCGGGUGUUAUUAACUGGUGUUAUAGAGCAGAGAUCCAAUUUUUUGUUAUUACCUGCAUACAGGUAAUGGGGAUUCAGCCUGUUCCGGGCGUCUGACUCUGAGGUGAGAGGUUGUCUGAUUCACAGUAAUUACAGUUAUUGCCUGUAUGAGGUCUUUGCUACUGGUGAAAUGUAUUUAAUGUUAAAUGUACUCAUUCGUCUUGU